UCUCAGUCGUCCUCUAAAAAACGAUAUAUUUACCAAAUAUAAUGCUUGACUUCAAUUUUCUCUUUUGUGUGGUUAGCAUUCUGUGUAUUAGUUUGCUAUGUGGCGAAAGUUCUCAUAUGAACAAGUGUGUGGAGUCAGAGAGGAAAGCUCUCCUCAAGAUUAAAGAUGCUCUCAUUCAUGGAAGGGACAAACGUUUUACCUCAUGGAGAGGUGAAGAAUGUUGCAAAUGGGAAGGAAUUUCAUGUGAUAAUUUCACCAGUUAUGUAACGCGUUUGGAUCUCAAUGAUUUUGGAUUGACAGGUAAGUUAGAUUCUUCAAUAUGUGAACUGCGACAUUUAACUUCUUUAAGCCUCCAAGAAAACCAGCUAGGGGGGAAAAUUCCUAACUGUAUUGGUUCAUUUAGUCAUUUGAUAGAGUUAAAUCUUCAUGGGAACGAACUCGUUGGUGUCGUUCCUCCUAGUUUGGGGAAUCUUUCCAACUUGCAAACUCUUGACCUCGGACUUAAUUCUUAUUUGAGUGUAAAUGAUUUUGAAUGGCUUUCUCAUCUCUCUAAUUUGAGACAACUUGAUUUAACAAUGGUGAUUCUCAGUUUAGUUGUUGAUUGGUUGUCAUCAAUAAGCAAAAUCUCUUCUCUCUCUGAACUUCAUUUAAGUGAUUGUAGGCUCCAUAAUAUAACUCUUAAAUCUAUUCCCCAUUUGAAUUCUUCCAUUUCUCUAAAAUCCCUUGAUCUCAGGGGAAAUAAUUUAAAUUCUUCUAUUCUGCCAUGGAUUAUUAGUGUUAGCAAAACUCUCACAGAUCUUGAUAUUUCAUAUAAUUCUUUGCAACAAAGUAUUCCGUAUGAGUUUGGAAACAUGAUUUUUCUUCAACAUCUCGAUCUCUCAUAUAAUGAACUCCAAGGAAGUAUACCAAAGUCCUUUAACAGUAUGUGUCAAUUGAAAGAGUUGUACUUAAAUUCCAACAAAUUGUCUGGCCAACUCAGUGACAACAUACAAAAUUAUGUUGUGCAAAUAAUAAUUUAGAGUAUUUGGAUUUAAGUGACAACUCAUUCCAAAGUGGGCCACUUCCUAAUCUUUCAUGCUUUUCAUCCUUGAUGACAUUAUAUCUUCAACAUGCUAAUCUUGUUGGCAUGCUACCAAAAUCACUUUUCCUUUUGUCCUCUCUUCAAAAUUUAGAUCUUUCUAAUAAUCAUUUGAGUGGACCACUUCCACACAAAAUCAGUCAAUUGUCUAGUCUUGAAGUGUUGUAUCUCUCUUCAAAUGAGUUGAACGGUUCUAUUACUGAAACACAUCUACCAAACUUAUCUAACUUGGAAAGAUUGGAUGUCCGUCAAAAUUCACUUUCAUUUAACUUGAGUUUAGAUUGGGUUCCAUCUUUCAAAACAUUGGUCAUAUGGAAAGGUUGGAAUCACUCGACCUGUCAAGAAACCAUCUUUUUGGUAAAAUGCCAAUAAGCUUUUCAAAUUUGGCAUUUCUUAAUCACAUGAACUUGUCUUUUAAUAACUUAGACUGCGAAAUUCCACUAAGCACUCAACUACAAUCUCUUGACCCUUCUUCAUUUGUGGGGAAUGAUAGACUUUGUGGGCCACCACUCAUAAAGCUUUGCCAUGAUGGUGUGAUUUCUCCAACUAGAAGCCAUGACAAACAUGACACAAGUGAAGAUGAAGAUAAGUUCAUAACUUUUGGAUUUUAUGUUAGCUUGGGACUUGGUUUUAUAUUUGGAUUUUGGGGAGUUUGUGGAACUCUAGUGAUAAAAACAUCAUGGAGACAUGCCUAUUUCAAAUUCUUCAAGAAGAUCAAUGAUUGGAUUCAACUCACAGCAGUUGUAUUUCUAAUCAAUAUAAAAAAUAGAUUCCAAGAUGAAGACUAACUGGUAAAACUUUACUUGAGAGAGUGAUAUGUCGGAAUAUCUUAAUCAAUAUAUGUUUCAAAUCUUCGCCAACAUAUGUUCCUGGUGGAAUGUGGAUGUUGAAUUCUAGAGUUAUUCUUGAGUUACUCCUUUAACGUACCACUGUUUGUAUCUUCUCAUAAUGAAUUUUCUAAUUAGUUUACUAUAGAAUAAAGGAACUCAAGUUUUGUGUGUGUAUUGUUUAAAUCCUCAUGUAUUAUAGAAAGGUAUUAUGCAGUUGAUUAUUAUUAUUUUUUAAAUAAGCAACUAUUCUUUCAAGCAAACGACAAGUACAAAGGAUACUCGAACCCAAUACAACAACACAAAUUACUUUGAUUUUCUGAAGCAAAGCAAGGCAAAUUGUACCUAUCAUAAUAGCUACUCGAGGAAGAUGUAUUAUAAUCUACACACAUCCACUUCCAAGGCAAAAAUUUUAUAGCCGACAUACAAUCAUCAAAAUUGAAAACACCACCUUUAAACAUGAUAGCGUUACGCGUAAGCCAAAUAUUCCACGAGGUCUCCAGCCAGAUAACGCAAAUAGAGUUUUGAUCAUCCUUUCCUUCACCUUAAAACCGUUUGUGAUAAAACUGGAUAGUUCCUCAUGAGUUAAAUCACCCUUGCUGCCCAGCCAUAUGUCUACUGCAGCCCUAAUUCUGUUACUGAUAUUACACCUGGUAAAAAGACGGAUCUUAGUUUCCAAAUCCAUGAAGCAAAAGGCACAAAUCUUGUCUCGGUCAUCUACCACAAUAUUUCUUCGAGCCAAUUGAUCUCUCGUUGGAAGUCUGUUGAGAAUCCAUCUCCACCCGAACAUCAAAAUGUUUGACGGUGCCUUCGUAUUCCACAGAUAGAUAGGGCUGCUCUCCUUUUCUCCGUCACCGACCCAACAGGAAAUCUAGAGUCAAUUACUUCAAAAGAUGAUUUAACAGUAAGAACUUCAUUAGCUUCAUGUAACCAAGCAAAUUCUUCCUCUGCAUUCUACUCUAAGUCUGCGGUCAUAAUUUGGGACAUAAAAUUCUCCCACUGCAACCUGUCAAUAAAGCUGGAGUUGGUGAUAAUUGUGUGAAAAUUCCAACUCCACAAAGCAUCCAUCUACUGCCCCGUGUCUGCGACACUGACGAAAGGAUCUACAGAAAAACCAAAGAUCUCCGGAAACGCUUCCUUCAAGGACUGGUUACAUAACCACUUGCUGUGCCAAAAUGAGACUCU